GCUCGCCGCAGGAUGGAAGCGGACGGGGCAGCCUUAAGGCCGGCGCCUCCGCUCCCCGAUCGGUCCCAAACGAGCCCGCCGAGCACGGGCCCCGCGUCCCGCCGAGCCUGCGGGCCGGCCGCUCGCUGCUGACUUAGAGAGAGAGGAGAGAGAGCGAGCCCCGGGGCCACCCGGUAACCUCUUUUGCAUCCACACCUCCGAGCCCGCACGCCCCGGACGACCCCCGCCACCACCAUGUCCGGCGGCGCCCCCGAGAAGCAGAGCAGCCCCCCGAGCGCCCCCCUGUUCCUCUCGCCGCCCGCGCCCGCCGCCCCCAAGAAUGGCUCGAGCUCCGACUCGUCGGUGGGCGAGAGGCUGGGCGAGCCGGCGCCCGGCAGGACCGACGAGUACCGGCGCCGCCGCCACACCAUGGACAAGGACAGCCGCGGCUCGGCCGCCGCCACCGCCACCACCACCGAGCACCGCUUCUUCCGCCGCAGCGUCAUCUGCGACUCCAACGCCACGGCCCUCGAGCUGCCCGGCCUGGCCGCGCCCGCCGGCCCUCCGCCACCGCCCAGGGCGCCCCCCGAGCCGGCCCGGCCCGCAGCCCCGCCGCCCGCUGCCCCGCCGCCUACCGCGCCCGGUCCCGGGGAGACCCCCGCAGCCGCAGCAGCCGCAGCAUCCACAGCAGCCGCAGCAGCAUCAGCAGCAUCCGCAGCAGCAGCAGCCCCGAGCGCGGCCGGCCAGGAGCGGCCCGGGGCCCCCGGAGGCCCGGCCAGGAGCGGCAGCGGCGGCAGGGAGGCGGGCCCCGAGGAACGCAGCCAGCCCCAGCCGCAGGACGACAUCGAGGAGCUGGAGACCAAGGCCGUGGGCAUGUCCAACGACGGCCGCUUCCUCAAGUUCGACAUCGAGAUCGGCCGGGGCUCCUUCAAGACGGUCUACAAAGGGCUGGACACGGAGACCACCGUGGAAGUGGCCUGGUGCGAGCUGCAGGAUCGAAAGUUAACCAAGUCUGAGAGGCAGAGAUUUAAAGAAGAGGCUGAAAUGUUAAAGGGGCUUCAGCACCCCAAUAUUGUUCGAUUCUAUGAUUCCUGGGAAUCCACUGUGAAAGGGAAGAAGUGCAUUGUUUUGGUGACUGAACUUAUGACAUCUGGAACGCUUAAAACGUAUCUGAAAAGGUUUAAAGUGAUGAAGAUCAAAGUUCUGAGAAGCUGGUGCCGGCAGAUCCUUAAAGGACUUCAGUUUCUUCAUACUCGAACUCCACCUAUUAUUCACCGUGAUCUUAAAUGUGACAACAUCUUUAUCACUGGCCCUACAGGCUCAGUCAAGAUUGGAGACCUUGGUUUGGCAACCCUGAAACGCGCUUCUUUUGCCAAGAGUGUGAUAGGUACCCCAGAGUUCAUGGCCCCUGAGAUGUAUGAGGAGAAAUAUGAUGAAUCCGUUGAUGUGUAUGCUUUUGGAAUGUGCAUGCUUGAGAUGGCUACGUCCGAAUAUCCAUACUCUGAGUGCCAAAAUGCUGCCCAGAUCUACCGUCGAGUGACCAGUGGAGUCAAACCAGCCAGUUUUGACAAAGUAGCAAUUCCUGAAGUAAAGGAAAUUAUUGAAGGAUGCAUAAGACAAAACAAAGAUGAAAGGUAUUCCAUCAAAGACCUUUUGAACCAUGCCUUCUUCCAGGAGGAAACAGGAGUACGAGUUGAGUUAGCAGAGGAAGAUGAUGGAGAAAAGAUAGCUAUUAAAUUAUGGCUACGUAUUGAAGAUAUUAAGAAAUUGAAGGGCAAAUACAAAGACAAUGAAGCUAUUGAGUUUUCCUUUGACUUGGAGAGAGAUGUGCCAGAAGAUGUUGCUCAAGAAAUGGUAGAGUCUGGCUAUGUCUGUGAAAGUGAUCAUAAGACCAUGGCUAAAGCUAUUAAAGAUCGAGUGUCUUUAAUUAAAAGAAAACGAGAGCAGCGACAGUUGGUGAGGGAAGAGCAAGAAAAAAGAAAGCAGGAAGAAGGCCAUCUGAAACAGCAGGUAGAACAAUCAGGUGCCUCCCAGACGGGGCCCAAGCAGCUCCCUGCUGUCGGCAGCGGGCCACCUGCCGCUUCCACCACUUCAGCGUCAGUUUCUACUCAAGUAGAACCCGAAGAACCCGAGGCUGACCAGCAUCAACAACUGCAGUAUCAGCAACCCAGUGUCUCCGUGUUAUCUGAUGGGACAGUUGACAGUGGUCAGGGAUCCUCUGUCUUCACAGAUUCUCGAGUGAGCAGCCAACAAACAGUUUCAUAUGGUUCCCAGCAUGAGCAGACACCUUCUACUGGCACAGUCCCAGGGCAUACAGUCUCUGUGCAAGCACAGUCUCAGCCCCAUGGGGUAUAUCCACCCUCAAGUAUGCCUCAGUCCGUGGUGCAUCCGUGUGGGGGGACCCCAACAUACCCAGAGUCACAGAUAUUUUUCCCAACUAUUCAUGAACGUCCAGUUUCUUUUUCACCACCUCCCACCUGUCCACCGAAAAUUUCCAUUUCCCAGCGGCGUAAGAGCACCUCCUUCCUGGAAGCCCAAACUCGCCACUUCCAACCCUUACUGAGGACUGUUGGCCAAAAUCAUCUUCCACCUGGUGGCAGCCCAACUAACUGGACACCAGAGGCUGUAGUUAUGUUGGGUACUACAGCCAGUAGAGUAACCGGAGAGCUAUGUGAAAUGCAGGUCCAUCCGAUUUUUGAACCAAUUCAGAUUUAUAGUGACUAUAGACCUGGACUAGUACUUCCAGAAGAAGCUCACUAUUUUGUUCCUCAGGAAGCAAUGUAUCUAACUGGGGUACAUUAUCAGGCCCAGGUGGCAGAACAGUAUGAGGGUAUUUCAUACAAUUCGCCAGUAAUGUCAAGUCCUAUGAAACAGAUACCUGAACUGAAGCCAGGACAAGGGAGUUCUACCACAAGUUCUGUCUUUGAAUUUCCACCUGGACAGGCUUUCCUGCUAGGACACCUUCAGAAUUUAAGAUUAGAUCCUGGAAUGAGUCCAGGAUCUCCCCUCUCUAGUAUUUCUGCUCCUAUCAGUACAGAUGCUACAAGUUUAAAAUUUCAUCCUGUCUUUGUUCCUCAUUCUGCACCUCCUGUGUUAACUCAUAGCAAUGAGAGCAGAAGCAACUGUGUAUUUGAAUUUCAUGUUCAAACACCAGGCUCCUCUUCGGGAGAAGGAGGUGGAAAUUUACCUCAACGUGUUUACCGAAACCGACAGGUUGCAAUGGAUUUGAAUCAGGAAGAACUGCCAUCUCAAUCAUUUGGAUUACCUGGUCACCUACAAUCUGUGACUGAAGAACAGCGUAAUUACCAUGCCCCUGAAUUGACCGUUUCUGUGGUAGAGCCGAUCGGACAGAACUGGCCAAUAGGAAGCCCAGAAUAUUCCAGUGAUUCCUCACAAAUCACUUCUUCAGACCCCAGUGAUUUUCAGUCACCUCCUCCUACAGGGGGAGCAGCUGCAGCUUUUGGCUCUGACGUCUCCUUACCCUUUGUUCGUCUGCCUCAGACAUUGGUACAAGAAUCCCCACUAUUCUUCUGUUUUCCCCAAGGAACCACAUCUCAACAGGUCUUAUCUGCCUCAUUUUCUUCAGGAGGAUCAGCACUCCAUCCACAGGUACAAGGACAGAGCCAGGGCCAGCCACCCACCAGUAGCUUAACAGGGGUUCUGUCUUCUCAACCUGGACAGCAUCCUCAGCAGCAGCAAGGAAUGCAGCAACCCGCUCUUCCUCAGCAGACUGUGCAGUACUCUGUUCCACAGACAGUGGCCUCCAGUGAGGCUGCUGCUGCCACCCAGCCUGGCAGUCAGCCACAGCCUCCGCUGGUCUUGCCUCAAGGAUCGUCUGGAAAGCAGCUUCCAGUGUCCCAGCCAGUACCAGCUGUCCAAGGCGAACCUCAGAUCCCAGUUGCGACACAACCCUCACUUGUUCCAGUCCACUCCGGUGCUCCUUUCCUCCCUGUGGCACAGCCAAUCCCUGCUUCCAUACUCCCGCAGUACCCUGUCUCUCAAAUUCCCAUAUCGACUCCUCAUGUAUCUACAGCUCAAACAGGUUUCUCCUCCCUCCCCAUCACAAUGGCAGCUGGCAUUAAUCAGCCUCUGCUCACCCUGGCCUCAUCUACUGCAGCAGCUGCCGUCCCAGGGGGAUCAACUGUGGUUCCUAGUCAGCUUCCAACCCUUCUGCAGCCUGGCACUCAGCUGCCAAGUCAGGUCCAUCCACAGCUUCUGCCAACAGCAGUUCAGUCCAUGGGAGUACCAGCUAACCUUGGACAAGCUGCUGAGGUUCCUCUUCUUCCCUCUGGAGAUGUUCUGUACCAGGGCUUCCCAACUCGACUGCCACCACAGUACCCAGGAGACUCAAAUAUUGCUCCCUCCUCCAGCGUGGCUUCUGUUUGCGUCCAUUCUACAGUCCUGUCCCCUCCCAUGCCAGCAGAAGCAUUGGCUACACCAGCUUACUUUCCUCCCGUGGUGCAGCCUUAUGUGGAAUCAAAUCUUUUGGUUUCUGUGGGCAGUUUAGGAGGACAGGUUCAAGUGUCCCAACCAGCAGUGAGUUUAGCACAACCCCCUACUACAUCCUCCCAGCAACCAGUUCUGGAGAGUACUCAGGGAGUCUCUCAGGUUGCUCCUCCAGAACCAGUUCCACUAGCACAACCACAACCACAACCUACCCAGCCUCCCACUUUGGUUUCCUCUGUUGACAGUGCACAUUCAGAUGUUGCUUCAGGGAUGAGUGAUGGCAAUGAGAAUGUCCCAGCAUCCAGUGGAAGGCAUGAAGGGAGAACCACAAAACGACAUUAUCGAAAAUCUGUAAGAAGUCGCUCUCGUCAUGAAAAGACUUCACGGCCAAAAUUAAGAAUUUUGAACGUUUCAAAUAAAGGAGACCGAGUAGUAGAAUGUCAGUUGGAGACUCAUAAUCGGAAGAUGGUUACAUUCAAAUUUGACUUAGAUGGUGACAACCCUGAGGAGAUAGCAACAAUUAUGGUGAACAAUGACUUCAUUUUAGCAGUAGAAAGAGAGUCAUUUGUGGAUCAAGUGCGAGAGAUCAUCGAGAAAGCUGAUGAGAUGCUCAGCGAGGAUGUCAGUGUGGAGCCAGAGGGUGACCAGGGCUUGGUAAGGCUUCAAGGAAAGGAGGACUACGGCUUUGCAAGUUCUCAAAAAUUGGAAGGAGAGUUUAAACACCCAAUUCCUGCAUCUUCUCUGACACAGCAAAUUGGUGUUCCUACCAACUCUUUAACUCAAGUUGUUCAUUCAGCUGGAAGACGGUUUAUAGUGAGUCCUGUUCCAGAGAGUCGAUUACGAGAGUCAAACAUUUUCACCAGUGAAAUAUUAGAUACGGUUGCUGCCUGCACGUCUCAGGGCCCUGGAAUGAACUUGUCGCACUCUGCUUCAUCCCUUAGUCUGCAGCAGGCCUUCUCUGAACUUAGACAUGCCCAGAUGACAGAAGGACCAAGUACAGCACCUCCAAACUUCAGUCAGACGGGACCGUCAUUUCCAACAGGACCUGCUUUAAUGAGUAGCGUCGCUGGAGUCCCAACCACAGUAGCAGCCACACCUUCAGUAUCAGUCCCAGCAACAAGCAGCCCUCUUAAUGACGUUUCUACGUCAGUCAUUCAGUCUGAGGUUACAGCACCCACUGAAAAGGGGGUUGUUGGUUUUGCCACUAGCACAGGUUUGAUCACUUCAAGUGGUAUUCCUGUACCCGCUGUGUGUGAAUCAACAGUGCUUUCUAGUGUUGGUUCAAACAUCACAAUACCUGCAGUUGCCUCAGUAGCUACAACAGCCCAGUCAGUUCAGGCCCCCGCUUCUGGGGGCACUGUUUCCAAUAUAGGCCCUUUGCCUCCUAUAACAGUUCCAGUGGCUUCAGUCUCUGCAAUAGGCAGUGCCUCUGGCCCAGGUGCUAAGCCUCCAGCUGUAUUACCUCAGCAGGCAGCAGGCAGUACUACUGGGAUAGCCACAUUGACAUCACUUCCUAGCACCACCGUAUUCCCUGGCUUAGCUUCACAGCCACCCCUUCAGCUCAGCAGCAGUACCUCUGCUCCUACUCUAGCUGAAACGGUGGUGGUGAGUGCACACUCACUUGAUAAAACAUCUCAUAGCAGUACAACUGCAUUGGCUUUAUCCCUCUCUGCACCAUCUUCCUCUCCUGGAGCUGGAGUAUUGAGUUCUGUUUCUCAGCCUGGUGGAGUACAUUCUUUGGUCAUUCCAUCAGCUGUAGUUUCUACCCCUGUCCUUGCCCAAGCAGCAGGACCUACAUCUGCACCUUUAUUACCCCAAGUCCCCAACAUCCCACCCUUAAUACAACCUGUUGCUAAUGUGCCUGCUGUACAGCAGACACUAAUUCAUGGUCAGCCUCAACCAGCCUUGCUUCCCAACCAGCCUCAUACUCACUGUCCUGAAAUUGAUGCUGAUACACAAGCCAAGUCUGGAAUUGAUGACAUAAAGACUCUUGAAGAAAAACUGCGGUCUCUCUUCAGUGAACACAGCUCCUCUGGAGCUCAGCAUGCCUCUGCCUCACUGGAGACAUCACUGGUGGUAGAGACUACAGUCACACCGGCCAUCCCAACCACUGCUGUUGCGCCAAGCAAACUUACUACUUCCACUACAAGUACUUCCUUGCCAUCUACUAAUUUGCCAUUAGGAACAACUGGUUUACCAGUCAUACCAGUGGUUACACCUGGGCAGGUUUCUACACCGGGCACUUAUGUUUCAGCUCCAGUCUGCACUGCAUCAGGAGUGAAGCCUGGAAGUGCUGCCUCAAAACUACCUUUAACUAAGACUCAGGUGCUGCCAGGGAGUACUGAACUUCCAGCUGGUACUCUACCUAGCGAGCAGUUGCCACCUUUAUUGGGACCUUCACCAAGUCAGCCUCAGCAGCCCCUGGAAGAUCUUGCUGCUCAGUUGAGACGAACACUCAGUCCAGAGACUGUUGCGGUGACAUCUGUGGUCAGCCCUGUGUCCACGGCGGCUCCAGCAGCAGGGACAGAAGCAGGAGCACAGCCUCAGAAGGAUGUUUCUCAGGGCACUGAAGGCCCUGUGCCAGCAGCUAGUUCAGGAGCUGGGGUGUUCAAGAUGGGACGAUUUCAGGUUUCAGUUGCAAUGGAUGAUGCCCAGAAAGAGAGUAGAAGUAAGACAGAAGAUACAAAGUCUGUUCAUUUUGAAUCCAGCACUUCAGAGUCCUCAGUGCUAUCAUCAAGUAGUAGUCCAGAGAGUACCCUGGUGAAGCCAGAGCCUAAUGGAAUGACCCUCCCUAGCAUCUCUGCAGGGAUGCCAGACAACAGCCACACAACACUUAUCUCGGAGACGCAGUCAGAAACUGGGCAGCCUACUAAGGUUGGACGUUUUCAGGUGACAACUACAGCUAACAAAGUGGGGCGUUUCUCUGUGUCAAGAACUGAGGAUGAGAUAGCUGAGGGGAGAAAAGAGGGACCAGUGACAUCUACUCCUUUUAUGGAUCCAGAACAAGCUAUUCCUCCUGCUGUGAUACCAAAGAAAGAAAAGCCUGAACUUGCCGAGCCUUCGCAUCUGAACGGGCCAGCUUCUGACCUUGAGGCUGCCUUUUUAAGUAGGGAUGUUGAUGAAGGUUCAGGUAGUCCACACUCCCCCCACCAGUUGAGCUCAAAGAGCCUUCCUACUCAGAAUCUAAGUCAGAGCCUUAGUAAUUCAUUCAACUCCUCCUACAUGAGUAGUGACAACGAAUCAGAUAUUGAAGAUGAAGACCUGAAGUUAGAGUUGCGACGAUUACGAGAAAAGCAUCUUAAAGAGAUUCAAGACCUACAGAGUCGCCAAAAACAUGAAAUUGAAUGUUUAUAUACCAAACUGGGCAAGGUUCCCCCUGCUGUCAUUAUUCCCCCAGCGGCUCCCCUUUCAGGAAGAAGAAGGCGACCCACGAAAAGCAAGGGCAGCAAGUCUAGUCGUAGCAGUUCCUUGGGGAAUAAAAGCCCUCAGCUUUCAGGUAACCUGUCUGGUCAGAGUGCAGCUUCUGUCUUGCACCCCCAGCAAACCCUCCACCCUCCUGGCAACAUCUCAGAGACCGGGCAGAAUCAGCUGUUACAGCCUCUUAAGCCAUCUCCCUCCAGUGAUAACCUCUACUCAGCCUUCCCCAGUGAUGGUGCCAUUUCAGUACCAAGCCUUUCUGCUCCAGGUCAAGGGACCAGCAGCACAAACACGGUUGCAGGGACAGUGAACAGCCAGGCUGCGCCAGCUCAGCCUCCUGCUGUGACCUCCAGCAGGAAGGGCACAUUCACCGAUGACCUGCACAAGCUGGUGGACAAUUGGGCCCGCGAUGCCAUGAAUCUUUCAGGCAGGAGAGGAAGCAAAGGGCACAUGAAUUAUGAGGGCCCUGGAAUGGCAAGGAAGUUCUCUGCACCUGGGCAGUUGUGCAUCUCCAUGACCUCGAACCUGGGUGGCUCUGCCCCCAUCUCUGCAGCAUCAGCUACCUCUCUAGGUCACUUUAACAAGGCUAUGUGCCCCCCACAGCAGUACGGUUUUCCAGCUGCCCCAUUUGGCACUCAGUGGAGUGGGACGGGUGGCCCAGCACCACAGCCACUUGGCCAGUUCCAGCCUGUUGGAACUGCCUCCUUGCAGAACUUCAACAUCAGCAAUUUGCAGAAAUCCAUCAGCAACCCCCCAGGAUCCAACCUGCGCACCACUUAGUCAGACCUAGAGGCCGGAGAUGGGAUGCUGAGGGAGGGUGGGGCGGGGGAGGAGCCUGUAUACUAACUACUAGUGCUGCGUUUCACUGGCUCGUUCUUGCCAGAAGGGAAAAUUUGUAAUACCACUUUGAGCCCUCCGAAUGGAACCUGUCCCUGCCCUUUUGCUUCUCGGUGGGACUGGGAGCAGGAGGAAGCAGCUGCUGUCUUGGCAAGGGCAGCUUCGACUCUGCUCCCUGCGCCCAGAGGUGGGGGCACUGGUGGAAGCUACCACAGAGCUCAGUGUACA